AUGGCGAGUCCUGGCUUCCAAGUGGUGGGAUUUGUCACUUGCGUGCUUGGGUGGUUCAUGGCCUGCGUUACUAUGGUGAUGCCGCAGUGGAAGAUCCACAGCCUCGGCGGCAGUACGAUUCUGACAGUAGAGGAGGGCUGGGAAGGGAUCUGGAUGAGCUGCAUCAACGAUAGUGGAGGUCUCCUGAGCUGCAAUGUAUAUGAUUCACUCCUGGCGCUGCCAUCCGACCUCCAGACAGCUCGGGCCCUCAUGUGCCUGGCCGUGGCACUGGGCAUUUUAGCCAUGUUGGUGUCGAGUGGGGGCUUGAAGUGCACCAAGUUUGCAAAGGGUGAGGAGAGGCUCAAAGCCUCGCUGAUUGUAGCCGGAGGGACUUUAUUUAUCGUGGCAGGAAUGUGUGUCCUCAUUCCCGUCUCCUGGACUGCUGCCAAAAUCGUGGCUGACUUCUAUAACCCACUGGUGCCCAUGUCCAUGAAGACGGAUCUGGGAGAUGCUCUGUUCCUGGGCUGGGGCUCAGCCUGUGUCCUUGUCCUCGGGGGGAGCAUCCUGUGCUGCUCAUGUCCGGCAGCCACCCAUGACCCAUUGGCCUAUCCAAUCAAGAACCUGUUGUAUUCUGAGGUAACUUUCUUCACUGUCCACUACGCCUCCAAUGUCAUCGGCGCUGUCUUGCGCUCCCACGAGGAGCUUGAACAGUUCAUCAACUUUACUGACACCUUUCACUCCAGCCUCAAAUUCAUUUGGACCAUCUCUGAUAUCUCCCUCUCCUUCCUAGAUGGCUCUGCUUUCAUCUCUGGGCACAGUUCAGGAGUGUGCGGGCACGUCCUUCUCUUGCCUGUAUGUGUACAGCUCAGGGGGCUUGGCACAUAUUAUAGUUUGAUAUUGGACCUGGUUGGAUAUUGCAAAAUGGCAGCUCUGCCAAUUAAGUGA